CGCCGUAGGGUGGAGGGCGCGGGUUUGAAGGCGGGCUUUCGAAUCUCAACGGCCGCAGUCAAGUUUGUGUCGGAGGCAGCGUCGUAUGCUCCAGCUGAUCUCUGUCUGCUCCGUUACAGAACCUAAGGUUUGCUGCUGUUGUUUUUUUAUAAUGGAAGGACCAAAUGCAUUCAAGACACCUAGCAAAUUAUCUGACAGGAAGAAAUCUUCAUCAUGCUUAACUCCAUCAUCUAUAGCUAUUCCAGCCUCUCCAUUUAUGCAAAAGCUUGGCUAUGGCACUGGGGUAAAUGUUUACCUUAUGAAAAGGUCUCCCAAAGGUUUAUCUCGUUCUCCUUGGGCAGUGAAAAAGAUUAAUUCUAAAUGUAACGAUCAUUUUCAAAGUAUAUAUCAAAAGAGACUAACCGAUGAAGCUAAGAUUUUGAAAAACCUUCAGCAUCCAAACAUUGUAGGUUAUCGUGCAUAUGCUCAAGCCCAAGAUGGUAGUAUGUGUCUUGCUAUGGAGUAUGGAGGAGAAAAGUCUCUCAACGAUUUAAUAGAAGAAAGAAAUGCCAACUGCCAUUCUCCUUUCCCAGCUGCUACAAUUCUGAAAGUUGCUUUGCACAUGGCAAGGGGGUUAAAGUAUCUGCACCAGGAAAAGAAGCUCCUCCAUGGAGAUAUAAAGUCUUCAAAUGUUGUAAUUAAAGGUGACUUUGAGGCAAUUAAAAUCUGUGAUGUAGGAGUCUCACUGCCACUGGAUGAAAAUAUGACUGUGAGCGAUCCUGAAGCAUGUUACAUUGGCACAGAACCCUGGAAACCAAAAGAAGCUCUGGAAGAGGGUGGCAUUAUUACUGAUAAAGCUGACAUAUUUGCCUUUGGGCUAACUCUUUGGGAGAUGUUGACCCUAACCAUUCCCCACGUUAAUCUUCCAGAGGAUGAUGAUGAAGACAAAACUUUUGAUGAGAGCUUGUUUGAUGAUGAAGCAUACUAUGAAGCAUUGGGAACAAGGCCAGCCAUUAACAUGGAAGAAUUGGAUGAAUCAUAUCAAAAAGUGAUUGAACUGUUUUCUGUUUGCACUAAUGAGAAUCCUAAAGAUCGUCCCUCAGCUGCACACAUUGUUGAAGCUUUGGAAAUGAAUAUGCAGUGAUUUCAUAGGAUUCACUUUUUUUGUUGUUGUUGCAAACAUUGUGACUGAAUGAAGCAUCAUUACAUUACUAACAAUCAUAUUUGUAUAACAGGCUGAAGGCUAUUAUUAUACCAACAUUUCAUUAUUAAGAUUUCCUGAAAUAAUCUAAUGAGAACUGAAAAGCUUUCUUAGAAAUUGAAUUAGAGUCUCUAACACCAAAAUGCUCAUUUUUAUUUGUGAUACUUAUCUUUUAGAAGUAUUGCUUAUAGUGGGUUUUCAGUAUAGCCCACAUAGUCAUAUAUUUACUCAAGUGCUCAUGAGAAAUUGCUUUACAGACUUAAAACACUGCCAAUAAAGUGUGGUUAGGCUGUUUUUAAAAUUGUUUGGGGGAAAAUGGCAAUUUUCAAUACCUAUUAUUUUCUUAUGAAACUCCCAUUUUCAAGGGAUUGAUACAAAUUUUUAUAAGUAUAAAAUCUCAGUUUAGUAAGGUUUUCAUAUUUGAAAAUUUUCAAUCUUUUGUUUAUCUUUACCUCAUAUGGUGAUUAAGUAUAAACAAUGGAAUCUGAGAGAAUUAAAUUACAUUUUAAAAACAAAAAACCAGUAUCCUGGCUUCUCUUCUCAGGUUUGGUUUUCAAGAGUGGGUGUUUAGUGUUUGAAUGAAUUGCUACAACUCUCCUUAAACUCUUAAGAUCUCCUACCUGAGAUUUUCUAAGUCAUACAUUUGUGUUUUGGUUAUAAUUUAUUAAAUUGUCUCACUUUAAGUUAUAUGGUUCCUCCUUUAUUUUUCAUAUAUUGUAAGCCCUAAUAUAUAUAUAUAUGGAGCUACUGAAGACUUAGCAGAAUUUACAAGAGGGAAUGUAUUAAACAGACAUUGUGGAAGUGCAAUUAGUAGGACCCAUCUUGAUGACUGAUGUAGCAAAAGAAUCAACCCAGAGGUUUCAAACAUUAUGAACUAAAGCUUGAUUGAAAGGGAUGGAGAAAGCGAUUAGUGAGGAAUUAAAUAAGUUAUAGACAACUUUUUCAAGAAAAGAGUGAAAGGAUAGUGUAGGGA